AUGUCUUCCAAAGAGGAUAUAACCACAGAGUUAUACCACUAUUUCCCAAACAAACCAGCAGCCAUCAUAUUCGCUAUUCUAUACAUUGCAUCGUCCUUCCUUCAUGAAUAUCAGUAUAAUGCUACCCGACCGCAAAAGUUCACUAUGCCAUUUGUCCUCGGCACAACAUUCUCUAGUGUUGGUUUCGUUACUCGGUCACUGAGUGCUCUCAAGAUAGGAGACCCACGCACAGUAUGGCGAAUAUCGUCCAUGUUCACUCUCGGCGCUGGUCCAACAUACGCAGGCGCAGACUAUUUCGUCUGUGGCCGCAUAUUCAGUUAUGUCCGAUCAGCAGCACCAAUAUCUCCGCUCAGGACAGUUCGAACAUUCAUUUUUUUCGACUUCCUAGCAGAAAUUGGCAUCUGGAUUGGAACGGGUAUUAUGGAUAGUAGAGGGGAUCCCAACAGUGCCAAAGCAAAGCUGGGCUUGAAUCUCAUCAGAGCGGCAGUGAUUAUACAACUUGCAUUGUUUGCAUGCUUUGUUGUCGUUGUGUUAGUAUUUCAGAUACGGGCCACUAGCCGAGGAUUCUGGAGGGCAAGUCAUCAACAAAUCGGCGGAACUCCCGGAUGGGUCAAGGUCACAUACACUCUAUAUGCUUCUUCCCUAUUGAUUGCCGCAAGAUCGGGGUAUCAUAUUGCCGAGAAUUUUCUUCCUCAUGACCACCCAUUUCGAGCUACAGAAGCACCAUUCCUUUGCUUGGAAGCUCUUGUGAUGUUUAUCAACGCAGCCAUGUUCAACGUGAUUCACCCAGGAGCUCUCCUACCGAGUAACCCCCACGUUUAUUUGCUUUCAAAUGGCACGGAGGCAGAAGACGAGAGUCCAGAAGACACUCUUGAGGACACUAGGCCUUUGAAGAUGAAGAUCCUUGAUCCCUUGGAUAUAAAAGGGCUGUUUAGUAAGAAACAGUCAGUCAAGGUGUACCAGCAGAGGCCGAUGACAGGUGAUGACGAGUUGAUGCCUGAAAGCAUGAGGAUGCUUGAAAAUAGGCCGCGCGGGGAGUUUCACUAG